AAUGGUUGAGACUGGAAAAUUAGAGAACCUCUAUACCUGGCUUAUCUUCUAUCUUUCCAUUCCAUUCUCUUCGUUGGGACUGUCAAAGAGAGAGCUUUUGCUCUCAAAACGACGUCGUCCUUGUGAAUUGGAUUUCACACACUGAACUGAACUCUGAUAUGGUAUAAAGAGAACGAAGAAGAAGAAGAAAGAAGACAGCUUUGGUUUUCUCGCCAUUGAAAUCUCAAACUGCCGUAACUUCUGUCAGUAUCAGCAUCUGUUGCAGCUUCAGCUGAGUGUAUCAAUGGCUAUGAGUGGUUUGGUUUCGAACCGCAACUUUGCUACUUCUUUCAUUGCCUCAGGAAAUGUAUAUAGAUCUGGAAAGGAUCUGUCACUUCAGAGAGGGGGAAUUUCUGGAGUAUCUCAUUUUUCAAGAUGCCAGCCCAGGAUGCAUUUUCAAACUAACUCCCCGUUGGAAGAGACAGUUUCAGGACAGACACUCGCAUUUCGCAGUGAAGCAGCAGAGCAUUGUUCUUCAGUAUCAAGGCAAUCUGCUCGCCGUAUGAACUUUAAACUAAAGGCUGGUAGAAGAAGUCAGUCCUACAUUUCUUCAGCUCCCUAUGGAAGAGGCAAUAUUGAACAAAGGGCGGUACGUGGACUAGGUUUGAGCAAGAGGAACCACAUUAAGGAAAAUAAGAUCCGUGUUUUCUACAAGUCUGAGGAAUAUGACAUUACAGAGGCAAAUAUGGAUUCUCUGCCAUCAGCUGAAGGGACAGGUGAAGCCAUUCUAUUGCUGUGUAACAUGGAUCGUGUAAAUAUGAGCAUAGCAAUACUUCCAAUGUCACAAGAGUUCAACUGGAACAGUGCAACAGUCGGCCUAAUUCAGUCGUCCUUUUUCUGGGGUUAUCUACUUACUCAGAUCCUUGGUGGCAUAUGGGCAGACAAACUUGGUGGAAAGCUAGUGCUAGGUUUUGGAGUUGUGUGGUGGUCAAUAGCUACGAUUUUAACUCCUAUUGCUGCAAGACUUGGGCUGCCUUUUCUGCUUGUUAUGCGUGCCUUUAUGGGAAUUGGCGAGGGUGUUGCUAUGCCUGCAAUGAAUAAUCUGCUUUCCAAGUGGAUUCCUGUUUCUGAGAGAAGCAGGUCGCUUGCCUUCGUAUACAGUGGCAUGUACCUUGGUUCCGUCACAGGCUUGGCAUUCUCACCUAUACUAAUCCAGAAAUUCGGGUGGCCAUCAGUGUUUUACUCAUUUGGAUCCCUUGGAAGUAUCUGGUUCGCCUUAUGGUUGAAAAAAUCAUAUAGCUCACCAACAGAAGACCCAGAUGUUGCACCAGAGGAGAAAAGGCUCAUACUUGGAGGCAGUAUAUCCAAAGAAGCCGUGACAGUUAUUCCUUGGAAACUAAUUUUAUCAAAGCCACCUGUAUGGGCUUUAAUUAUAUCAAACCUUCUUUUAAACUGGAACACUUUGCUGUUAAGGCAUUUCUUACCAUUAAUAUUCUCUCAGGUUCUGAAGUUCAACCUUACGGAAUCUGGCCUCUUAUGUGUCCUGCCAUGGUUGACAAUGGCUGUUUUUGCAAAUAUAGGAGGCUGGAUUGCUGACACUCUUGUGAGCAAAGGCCUUUCCAUCACAAAUGUUCGAAAGAUCAUGCAAACAAUUGGGUUUCUGGGUCCCGCCAUUUUUCUUACACAGCUCAGCCAUGUUAGAACACCAGCUUUGGCAGUACUGUGCAUGGCUUGCAGUCAGGGAUCUGAUGCAUUCUCACAAUCUGGUCUAUAUUCAAACCAUCAAGACAUUGGACCACGCUAUGCUGGUGUAUUGCUAGGACUGUCAAACACCGCAGGUGUACUCGCUGGUGUCUUCGGUACAGCUGCAACUGGAUUCAUACUCCAACGAGGUUCUUGGAAUGAUGUAUUUAAGGUUGCUGUUGUGUUGUACAUAAUAGGCACAUUGGUCUGGAACAUCUUUUCAACUGGAGAAAAAGUUCUUGACUAAAAUCAAAGCAGUGAUGUUAAAUGAAGAGAGGUAUCAACAGUAGAUGGAAUUAAAAUCAGAUGACAAAAAGCAUGUCAAAAUCAAUUGGAAGACGAGGAAGAAACAGUGAAACACCCUGCUGAAAAACAUAGAAGAGACACAGAUUUUGAACCCAAAAAAAUAGCUAGGCCAUUAUAUUAUUAUUUUCUCCUAGAAUUCUUGGAUAAUGAAUUAACUUGGCACCUUUUGCAUGUGCCUUGUACCAUCAUCUAAUUAUGCUUUGUGUAUAGAUAGUUGAAGGGUAGUUUCCAACUGUAUAAUUUUCAUUUAAGCAUACUUAUGCUUAAAAGGAAAAAUACAUGUUAUAUGAGUAAUUCUACCACAUCAUACCUGACUUGGAAAUA